GGCCACCAGUAAAUUCGAAGAAAACAGAUGAAGGAAAAGACUCAGGGUCACGAGGAGUUCUUAAAAUAAUGUGUAAAAUUUUUCCGGUGGAAGUUGUCACGAUGGCACGUAAUAUCACCGACGAAGGAAGGGAAGCCGAGAUUUAAAAAGUAGGCCGCCAAUAUAACCGCAUAGAGACACGCAACUCGGCAUUAUUACGGGCAACAUGCAAAUUUUGACGUUCCCGUUGUAACAAUUUGAAUAUCGAUUUUUCUUUAUCCCGGCGAAUAUAUUUUUAAUGUCGCUUUCUAGUUGGGUGCCAGUUCUGUCCGGAUGCGCAUCUUCCUGCAUCGAUGCAUCAAAUUAGCACCUGCACGUCCAACUUAACGAAAGAAGAUUUGGCUGGAAUCUACAAAACUCUUGUUACGUUUUUGAAAAAUCAACGAUUUUAUGAGACAUGCAACGCGUUUCAAAAAGAUGCCGGUUUGUCUGGGGAUGAGUUUUCACAAGUCUCCAGCAAGGCUGUCUUUUUGAAACCGUCCGAGGAAGACUAUGAACGAGUGGAAGUAAGAAUCGACGAGGAAAGUGGGGAUUCUAAGGUGCAGGAUGAUGGACCACCACCUGAGUACAGCAAAAUUAACAAGUGUGACAUUCAAGACGACAAUAAAUUGGAUGAUUUCGACAAGUUAAAAAUGAAAUUCGAAGUGCUGCAACAAGAGUACAAGAAACUGAUGGGUGUAGCAACGGAAUUAACGUGUGCACUUCACAGCAACGUUUUGGGUCAAACGGAACACAUGAACAAAACAUUGGACGCCUGCAAAAACAUUUAUCCGGAAUUGUUUGCGAAUGUGUCCAACACACCAAGUGGAUCGUCCUCGAUAACGACCAGAGAGAUUAAAGAACGACUCGCACCUUUCAACGCCAGCGACGAAUACUUCAACAAGUCUUUCGAUAAAUCGGAUCAAUCGAAUUGCGCCCUAACCGAAGACGUCAAAGAUAAUACAAAGAUGGGGGAGGUAACGGUAUCAUCUCCCCCCAAUUUAGAAGCAGAUGUAGAUAAUGGAGUACUAAACACAUCAAGAGACGUGUCCAUAACAACUUUACGGUCCCUCAGUCCAAUGCAAACCGAUUCGGGUUUAUUAAACGAAAUGUUCGGGGGAAACACUCUUAACGUCGUACAAGCUGAAAACGAAAAGAAAAUUGAUAAUUUAAACCGCGACUGUUCCGCCAGAGUGAACGCGAAAGAGAUUGUUGAGGAAGUUUUCAGCCAAGCAGUGACCGAAGCCGACAACACACAUUCUAAAUCCUCCGACCUGAAUGUGACAGGCUACUUUCUGUCGAACGAAGACGUGCUCGAUCCGUUUAUGAUCAACGGCGAAAAAAGAUCCGAGUCGUUUGUCUAUCUGUACGACGAGAACGUCGAAGUAGCCAGGACGAGGGACAAAUCGACGGAAGUAGUUUCCAACGGGGAAUCCCGCACUUCUUAUAUGUUUGACGGAUUCACUCUGAAAACGGACACCGAAGUUACGUCCGAUGAAAUGGAUUCUGUCGUCCGGAAUGGACUCGAUCCAAGAUUACUGAAAACUGAACAAGAAUCUAUGUGGGCAGAUCUCAAUUUUUACCUCAUCAAGCAGGACCUGCUCAAGUCAAAAACGUCCCACAGGAAGAGUCUGAUGAAAUCGCUUAGAUUGAUAUUGACUGUAAACACGUUGACAGACAGAGAUAAAAUUAUGACCAGUUACAUCACUCACGACUUGUUGAUGUUGGGGGAGAACAAAAACAUGAUUGAGAUAUUUUUAAACGACGCAAACGUUUCGAUUCAGGAGAGCAUGCUGAAAUUUAUAAACGCAAUUGCCUCGUUAAAUUUGGGACGGCAGUAUUUAUCUACAGGGAAGUGUCGCUGCAUCAAGAAAAUUCUGUUGCCCACCAUCCUCAACGAGCAACGCCCUCCUUCGAACGUAAAGUUUGACAUGCUGAUUGCGACCUUGCAGAAACUGAGUCUUGAAGGUUCCGUGAGAGAAAUCAUGAUCGGAUCGGGCACUUUCGAGUACCUCCUCGAAUACUGCGUCUCGGUGCCGGCGGCCUUCCUCUCAGACUAUCGCUGGGAGUUUGUGACCGCGUGGUUGAUGAACCUGUCUCUAGAGCAGGAGGUGUGGGAGUUGUGCGCCAACCAUCGCAAUUGCACCUUGAAAGUGGUACGCAUCGUAACCGUUAUUUUGGACAACGGCAAACUGAACUGUCUGCCGUAUCUUAUAGGGAUGAUGUACACGUUGCUUGCGCAUCCGCACAUCAAUCGGGAUGCGAGGCUGUGCGGACUGCAGGAAGUCCUGCUCCAACACGUCGAUGACCAAUGUUUGGAUAACAACAUCAAAAGGCAACUAGAACAUAUAGUUCGGUCACGAUUGAAGGGAGAUGUGGACUUUGGGAAGCUGAAGAACGACAUUUUACUGAGCCAUCAACCACUGGACAAUGAAGAUUUGCUGCAGCCUGUUGAAGGUGACAGCGACCACCUGUUGACCAAAGACUUUUCCAUGUUGGAGUCGUACAAAAAAGGCUUUUCCGGCAAAUCUAAUCUGUCUACAUUAAUGUCGACGGAAACGGUACCUCCAACAAAACCUCCCUGCCCCAAGCAGAAGACGGCUCAUUCAAAUCCGAUAGUGUUCAAGAGUGGCACCAAUUACAACAAGGCAUCCACCACUCCCAUCGUCAUGAAGGACAAAAUCAUUAAGAACUUUGAAAAGCAAAAGAAGAAGGUGAAAAAGUUUGGACUGACUGGGCCAUCUCCGCUGUGUUACAUGGAGAUUUGUUACAAGCUUGGUGACACCAGAGCACCUUGCGACUGUGCAAAGUGUUCUGGGGGCAACAGGUACAGUUGCAAAUGUUACGAUUUGCUCAAGAGGGAACUGGAAGAAGACGUUAUUGACAUUAUUAAAGAAAAAGAGGACAAACUAAUACUCGAAAAGUUCAGCAGUGCAAAAAGGGGAACAAAAAUUGAGAAUAAAUCAAAGUCAGAAAGUACAAAAUCAACUCCAUCAAAUGUAACAGGAAAAAGCAAUUGUAGAUUGUGCGGCGAUAAAAUUUGUGAUUGUGCAUUCGAAUCGAGACCGAGAAUAAAACGAACACCUUGACGUUGUUAAAAUUUACAUUGUAAUAGUACCUUAAUAAAAUCAUUAUUUUUA